AUGGGUGAUGCUCAGCGCAAGGAGCUGAACGCAUUCUUCUCGUUCUUCGCCACAUUCGACCUCCCUCGCCCGGUGACAACCGUCGCUGACCUCUCGGACGGCGCAGCCCUUUUCGAAGUGCUCUCUGCUGUCGAUGCGGAAUACUUCCGCCAACCGACGCGCCCUUCCGCACAGCCCUCGGACAACUGGGUCCUUCGGUUCAGCUCGUUGAAACGUCUGUUCCGACUCAUGACCCAGUAUUUCUCGGAUGUCCUUCACCAGCCGAACAGUGCGCUGGAGGUGCCGGACCUGCAGGCCGUUGCACAGGACUACCAUGUACCAGCGACUCUCAGCAUGUGUCGGCUCACCAUCGCCAUCGCCGUGCAGUGCGAGAACAACAAGGACAUCAUCGAGAAGAUACAGCGUCUGACGGAGUCGGAGCAGCACUCGCUCAUGCGUGUCAUUGAGCAGGUUAUGUCGAAGGUAAGGCGUCGGGCGUACGGCACGGGCGAUGCUAGCAUGACCGAGUGCGUAUACACCCAUUGUGACAUUCUCGCGGUACUCAAUCCUCUCAGAAAAGAGACCCUGGAGAAAGUAUAUCAGACUCUGCUGGAGGAGCAUCGUACGCUGCAGACGAACUUCGACGACGCCGUCUCAGAGAAGGACGAUGCGCUCGCUCAACUCAGGCAGCACAGCGCGAGGCAGAGAACAAACGGGUUGACACAGGGGGAUACCAUGAUGCGGGCAGAGAUGGACCGUCUCCGAACUGAGCUCCAGAAGAGUGAGGACAAUCUGGCCAUGGCAGAAGCAGAGCUCGACAAGCAGACGAAGCUUGUCACGGACCUCACACGGAAGAUUGACGAGCUGCAGGUCAAGGCAGACGAAGCCGCCCGUCUGAAGGACCAGGUUGACGAAUACCGGCAUGCGGCAGAUAGACUGCAGAAGACGGAGAAUGUCAUGGAAAAAUACAAGAAAAAGCUACAAGAAGGCGCUGAUCUCCGGCAGCACGCACUCGAGAAGCAGAACGCCGACCUAGUCGACAAGAACGCCUCGCUUGAGGAAGAGUACCGCAAGGUCGCUGCCUUCAAGCCGCUCAUGGACUCGUACAAGACGCAGAUCGCUGAGCUGGAGACAAAGAUGUCCGCGCGCACCAAGGAGCUCGAUGCGGUCAAAUUCGACCUCGACCAGACGAAGACGAAGCUCAAGGUGACCGAAGACGAGCGUGCAAAGGACUCGGAGACGCUCGAGCUCUACCAGGAGCGCGUGCGCGAGCUGGAGCUUUCCUCGCAAGCGCGGCCGCCCACGGCCAAGAGCGCGCGGGCCCGUGCGGACGGCGAGGAGGGCGGAAACAUGGCAGAGAUGACGGAGGAGGAGCUCCUGAACCGCGAUGCGGCGGCGGAGCAGGAGGGCGAGGACGACGAUGUCCAGGGUUUGGGCGACGAGCUGGACUCUGCAAUCUCGGGCACGACUAUGACGGACCUGAAGCUCCAGGUGCGGAAACUACAGAGAGAGUUGGAAGCAGUCCGAAAGAACGAGGCGGAUGCAAGCCGUGUGCUCGUGCUAGAGAACCUGCUAGACGACGCCAACCGUAUGAAGGCUCGCUAUGAGUCUGAUUACUUAGGCGCACAUAGAGAGCAGCUCGUCCUGCAGCAAAAGCUAGAGGAGAUUCGAAGCGGCAAGUCGAUGGGCGAUGGAGCGGAAGCUGCGAUCGCGCUGCGCCAGCGCUUGAACGAGACUGUCGAGCAAUUAGACGAGCUGCGUAAAGAGCACACUGAGCUCGAAGUCAAAUUCGACGCUAUGAACAAGGAGUUGACAAUCGCCAAGUCUGACCUCACCCUCGUCAACAAGGACCAGCUCGACAUCCUCGCAACCCUUCGGGAGUCCGUUAAUGAGGACAAGGCUGAGAUGGAGACCGAGAUGCAGCAGCUUAAAGACCAGCUCAAGGACCUCUCAGACAAGAACCGAAUGCAGCUUGAGCAGGUCAACGGUCUGCUCCUAGAGAAAGUCAGUCUCCAGAGCGAGGGAAUAGACCAGCGAGAUCGGAUGCUCCAGCGUGAGCGUGCUAUUGGUGACCUCCGUGCUUCGUUGUCCGGCAAGGAUGUCCCCGAAGACAUCAAAGCACGUCUUCUGGCCAUGCACGAGGAAACAUCCAACAAGCUCCUCAAAGCUCGCAAUUUCAUCAAGGAGCAGGACAAGCUCUUCAAAGAAGAACAUGCCAAGAAGGGCAUCUCUGUACCUUCGGGCGCGUUCGACGAAGCCGAGGGCAGCUACCGCUCACAGAUCAAGAUCCUCGAAGAGGAGAUGGCGCGGCUCAAACGCCUCAUCGCCGAGCAAACGAAGCGAUACGCACGCGAGCAGACGCUCAUGCUCAGCAUCAUUCACGGCUAUGGCAUACGCAUGGCCCGAGACGCGCUCGGGAGCAAGCAGCAGCAGGCACGCGGGCCGACGAGUUGGCUGGGUCAGCAGCGGAGAAACCUUGGUCAAACAUUGCGUCGAUGA